AUGUCCUCUCCCGCCUCCUCCAGCUCCUUCUCUGCCCUCUCCUCACCCAUGGACUCCCCCACGGCCGCCUCUCACCCUCCACACACACCCAACAAACGUCAUCCAUCCGCUGGUUUCUCGGACCACUCCCCACUCCUCGCGCACCACCACUCGCCCUCGCACCUCACACACCUCUCUGACAUCUCAUCCGACACCUCCGGCUCCGUGCCCGGCUCGCCCAGUGACGACGACUUUGACCACGCCGAACAGGUCACAGUGUGCAGAUGGGACGGCUGUGACUGCGACCUCGGCGACAUGGACGCCCUCGUUAAGCACAUCCACGACUUGCACAUUGGCAGUCGCCGCGCAAAGUAUGCCUGCGAGUGGGACGACUGCACGCGAAAGGGCAUGGCGCACGCGAGCGGGUAUGCGCUGAGAGCACAUAUGCGGAGCCACACGAAAGAGAAGCCGUUCUACUGCACCUUGCCCGAAUGUGACCGCAGCUUCACGCGCUCCGACGCCCUCGCCAAGCACAUGCGCACUGUGCACGAGACGGAGGCCUUGCGACCCAGCGACCCAAUCCCCAAGUCCCACCCGAACCACCCUCACAACCACCGCCGGGAUGCUGCGCGUGUGCCGUCAACAAGCCCCAGCGCGAGUGAAGACGGGUCUGCCGGCGCCGAGAAGAAUCCCUGGUACCAGCCCGAGGACGGGUUCGAUCACGAUGAGGACACGCGGCCGCCGCGCGAGCUGAUGCGCCUGUUGAAGCGGAAACUUGCAUGGGCGGAGCAGAGCCGUGAGGAGCUAAAGGGCACGCUAGAAGGCUUGGAAAAACGGAGGAGGAGAGGGUGGGUGAGGAAGGAGGUGCUGCUGGAUAGGGUUAUUGAGUGUGAGAUAGGGGUGGAGGAGGCGAAGGAAUUGAAUUUGGACUUGGGUGUGCCGGGGGAGGAGCAGUAG